UUUUUUUUUUCCGUCCCUAUUGUGGCUCUGCCGUUGAAGUCUGAGUUUUAUUUUAUUUUCUUUGAAUUCACAUACCGUUUUUGAGCAUGAUCAAAUUUCAAUGAAGGGAUUUUUCUUGUUGUUUUCAUGGGUGAUUUGGGUUUCUAGCUUUAUUUCAUUAACUUGGUUUGUUUCUGUAUUUGCGCAGGCAUGCUCCGACAAAGACUUCACAUUGGCCGCAGGAGCAUUUCCAGGGAAGGGUCUUUACCUGAUCACUGAAAUUGAGACAUAAAUUCUGGUUCUUGCUUAACACAAUUCCUGAGAAGCUUUUUCCAAAUGCUAAAUUUUGCAAGAGGAAGAAGCCAGCCAAGGUCUACUAGAUCUAUGCCUUUUGCCGGCAUGGAAUAUCCUGAUUCCAAAAGGAAGAGCAAUUUUGUAGGAAAAAUCCUUUUGGCUGCAACCCUUACAGCCUUAUGCAUUGUAAUGCUCAAGCAAUCCCCAACGUUCAGUACUCCAAGUCGGUUCUCUCAACAUGAAGAAGGGGUAACUCAUGUUCUUGUAACUGGUGGUGCUGGCUAUAUUGGUUCACAUGCUGCUUUACGACUUCUGAAGGAGUCAUACCGUGUAACUAUUGUGGACAAUCUUUCACGUGGAAACAUAGGUGCUGUCAGGGUUCUACAAGAAUUAUUUCCAGAACCUGGAAGGCUUCAAUUCAUUUAUGCUGAUCUGGGGGAUGCAAAAGCUGUAAAUAAAAUAUUUUCAGAAAAUGCAUUUGACGCUGUAAUGCACUUUGCGGCUGUUGCAUAUGUUGGGGAGAGUACACUUGAUCCUCUCAAGUAUUAUCACAACAUUACUUCAAACACCUUGAUGGUCUUGGAGUCAAUGGCUGCUCAUGGUGUUAGGACUCUGAUAUAUUCUAGUACAUGUGCCACAUAUGGGGAGCCUGAAAAGAUGCCAAUCACUGAAGAAACCCCGCAGGUUCCAAUCAAUCCAUAUGGAAAAGCUAAGAAGAUGGCAGAAGAUAUCAUCCUGGAUUUCUCUAAGAACUCAGACAUGGCUGUUAUGAUCCUAAGAUACUUCAAUGUGAUUGGGUCAGAUCCUGAAGGAAGAUUAGGUGAGGCUCCCAGACCUGAGUUGCGUGAGCAUGGACGAAUUUCAGGUGCUUGUUUUGAUGCAGCUCGUGGCAUCGUUUCUGGUCUAAAGGUCAAGGGAACAGACUACAAAACACAUGAUGGCACUUGCAUACGCGAUUAUAUUGAUGUUACUGACCUGGUUGAUGCUCAUGUUAAAGCUCUUCAAAAGGCAAAGCCCCGUAAAGUAGGAAUCUACAACGUUGGCACUGGAAGAGGUAGAUCAGUGAAGGAGUUUGUAGAGGCCUGUAAGAAAGCGACAGGGGUGGAGAUAAAAGUUGACUAUCUUCCCCGCCGACCUGGAGAUUAUGCUGAAGUGUUUAGUGAUCCAACUAAGAUCAGGCGUGAGCUGAACUGGACAGCUCAAUAUACUGAUCUCCAGGAGAGUUUACAGAUUGCAUGGAGAUGGCAAAAGGCGCAUCGUAACGGAUAUGGAGCCUCUUAGAUGAUGGUUUCUUAAGUAGUUCACAGCAUUUUAUAGCAAAAGGCUAAUUCACACAGAAGAGGGGAGGCUAUUACAUUAUUUGGGUAGUUUAUAGAGAGCAGCCAAUUCAUUAUAUGUGUAUUUGAAGAGAAUAAUAGCUUAAUAAUAUGAUGCCAGCCUCAGGUAUAGCUUUUA